AUGGGAGCUGCUAUGGAGGAAGCAAGGCGUCUUCUUUAUGAGAAGGCAAUCAAGAAAUUUACCAUGUAGGAAGUUACACAUCACAAGAAAUUUACAAAUUACAAUUUAGUAUCACUCCUCACUAGAUUCCCUGGUAAUGGAUAAGGCUUCAAAGUAUACCAAAAGUACUGGCCUUAAGGCACAUACUUCCAUUCUAGCAGAUAUGGCAGAAUGACUGGUGUCAAAUAUGUAGAUGAUAAGGUUGCAGGUGGCAAAGUUGAAAGAAUUGUUGGAAUUUUGAAGAAAGGACUAUGGAAUUAUCAAUUAAAUGACCCUCGUUUUACAAAACCAGAAGUGACACUUGAUAAUGGACUAACAGUUAACUUGGUUGAGAUGCAGGAAAGGAUCGAUGAGAAAAAAGCAUUUUUGACUGAGAGGAAGAAGAUGAUAGAAUGGAUCAAGCCACCUGAAACCAAAGUAAAAGACACCAAAGGAAAGAAAGGGCUUAAAGCUAAAGCACCUCCAGCCAAAAAGAAAUGA